AUGCUGAAAAUCUGGUCUAUGAAAAAGGAGCAGCAGAAGGCUGAGAAUGCAGAGGGAGCGGCAGCCGGUGGCAAGAAGAAGAAAGUAACAGCAGCGCAGCUGCGGAUACAAAAAGAUCUCUCCGAGCUUUCACUUGGAAACACGAUGCGCAUUGACUUCCCCGACCCAGACGACAUUCUGAACUUUGUAUUGACUAUCGAGCCUGACGAGGGAAUGUACCGCGGUGGUCGCUUCAACUUCGACUUUCGCAUCAACCAGAACUUCCCUCACGAGCCGCCCAAGGUCGAGUGCCAGCAGAAGAUCUACCACCCAAAUAUCGAUCUGAUGGGCAAAGUGUGCUUGAACAUCCUGCGUGAGGACUGGAAACCUGUGCUCAAUCUCAAUGCAGUGAUUGUUGGUUUACAGUUUCUGUUCCUUGAGCCGAAUGCGUCGGAUCCCCUAAACAAAGAGGCGGCCGAAGACCUACGAUCGCACCGAGAGAACUUCAAGAGGAACGUGCGGAACUCGAUGGCGGGAGGGUCGGUACGCGGCACCGUCUAUGACAAAGUAACAAUCAAAUGA